AUGAUGCGUGACCUGAGAAAGCUGAAUAAACCUCUGGGUGGAAUGGAUUUCGCUCAAAAUUUGCAAUUCGUGACCGAGUCGAACUCUGCCUUGGACGUUGGUACACAACCGGUUCGAUCAUUCCUUCAAGAGCUGAUUACAUUCGUUCCUAUUCAGAUCUGCAGAGCCGAGGCAAACUCACUGACGGUUAUGACGAAUGGGAAGGCGACGUCGAUGGAUGCUCAAUCGCAAAAUCUUCAAGCCGUUGAUAUUGCACGUUCGAUCCGGUUUGGUCUGCUGUCACCAUUGCUCGAGUCAUGGCAAGGCCGCUGUAUCGUGAUCACUUCGAUGGGGAAGCAAUCGACAGGCAAGAGUUAUCUACUCAAUCACCUGACUGGGUCGUCCUUUGCAAUUGCUGGAGCUCGUUGCACUGAUGGAGCGUGGAUGUCGAUCCGUAUUUUGCCGAAGAAUGUUCUUCUCAUUGUACUUGACUUUGAAGGUCUCGGGUCUUUCGAACGAACGGAGCAAGAGGAUGUUUUCCUGUCGGUACUCAAUGCGUCGAUCUCGAUGUUCACCAUUUUCCGAAUGGAGAUGCGAUUCGACAAGGAGAUCGACGACUUGUUUGCACGUUUCCAGAAGGGUGUGGCCUUGAUCAAGGGUGAUCCGAGUCUCUUCCGCGGUAAGCUGUACAUGUCCGUGAAAGAUGUGAACCCGAACGAUCAAAAGGGAGUGCUUGAUGAAUUCGUCACCAAGUUCCAGAAAUUGGUUGGUGCUAACAAGGACAGUAACUUCUUACUGGAUUUAUACUCUGGUCAACUGGAUAUCAACUGCUCUCCGCCGUUGGGCACGAUCAACUACUACCAGUCGCUGAUGCACGCCCAGAAUUUUAUCGAGACGUCCUUGUACGGCGUGGAUACUGCGGGUUUCCGAAGUGGUAAGACGUUUUUGAACUGUAUCCGCUUGGUGCUUGCCAAGAUUGCGAUUCUGGAUUGGACAUCGCUCGAUGAAGGUGCAAAGCAGUUUCAGUUGUCUGAGAUCAGCUCCAAGUUGCCAGGACUUCUUCGAACCGGCUGCGUCAUUCCGCAGGAAUACGUAUCGAGAGAAGAAGACAUUGCUCCGUACUUGAAGGAAGACAUCGUGAUGGCUGGUAACGGCAAAGUGAUCAAUGUGGAUUUGGCGUCUUUGACUACUGAGUAUCCUGCACUUGCCGAUAAGUGGAAUAGUCUGAAUGAGGUCAUCGAACUCGAUUCGCUUCCAGACUGGGAGAUUGAUCUGGAAUUCGACUGUAGCUCCACAAGUGACGAUACAUUUGUCAAGGUGUAUGGUGCGAUCAAACAGCUUCUGAGACUGUUUCUACGAUCGAAUUUGAGCAUCAAGGGUGGAAAAGUGUCGCGAGAGAUCGUUGCUGACUUUGAUGCAUUCCUGGCGUUCUUUGUGCGUCGCCGCAAGGCUCGAAUCUCGGUCUGGGUGAAGCAAAUGCUCAGAGGCCGAAUUCCUGAAGAAUGGAAGGUUAUGGAGCAGCAGUUCCUGGGACGAUUCCAAAUGCUCCUGACACGGUGUCAAAGCAAGUGUGAUGAUUGUCGACUUGGGUGCAUGAAAGCUGCUGCUCACCCUGGAACUGCUAACCAUGACUGUGGAGGUAACCAUGUCUGUGCUGGUCGCUGUGAGUACUGCGAGAGCAGUGGAAACUACGGUAAAACUCCUUCAUGCCGCAAAGAAUCCGGUCACGAAGGCAAGUGCGAGUGUCGUGAUGGAGAUCACACCUGUGGUGAAGAAUGCAGUAUGGCAAUUUCACCAAACUGCGGUAAAAAGUGUGCGAUGAAGCGAGGCCACACCAAUUGGCACAAGUGCGAUGUUCCCAUUCACACUUGCGGUGAGGAAUGCUCAGCCCAGAAUUGCUCUGGUCGCUGUGUCUUGAACGUGGAAGACCCACAUACUGCUCACAAGUGUAUUGAAGUGCGUUGCAUGCAGAAAUGCAUUAUGGACGGAUGCAAUGAACUUUGUGGUGCGAUGGAUCAUUUCCACGGUCAACUGGACGUUGCGGUGGUGUUUUCAGUGGAAAACGACGAUGAGAAAGGAUCAAACACUUUUGACGCUUCUUCGGAAGCUCCGGUAGUGCACAUGUGUGGAAAUGGUCACGAGUGUCAAGAAAUGUGCGAAGAGAACGGUAUCUGUCGAGUGGAUGUGUUUCUCAAACAAUCGGCCAAGACUUUCACAGGCGCUCGUGGAAAAUUUCAGUUCACUUUCCAAGAGAUGAACGGCUCUCGUAAGAAAUGCACGAAGUUGUUGCCACCUGGUCAGAAAAUGCACCAGGGUGCACACACUUGUAUCUGUGAACAGAGUGACGAGGACGAUGACCAAACGAUUCACUACUGUGAUGUCCGCUGCCCGUGCUGCAGCUACUUUUGCAAGAAGAAAUAUGGACAUUUUGGUCCACAUACGACGUCGCACGGCAACAUGCGCAACACGUACUUCUUGUCAGAUACAGAGGAAAUCGACAUUGAGGAACGCAAGUACAAGGCUGGAGAGCUGGGAAUCGCUGAGAUGUGUAAUUUAUACUGCUCCAAAAUGGGUCGAGAACACGUGCACUACGUUGACUGCGAACAAGGCAGCAAAGCAGCGUGCGUGUACUCUGGCAGUACAACCGACCAGCGUCGUCAUUGUAUGCGAGCUUUAGAGCCCAAGCCGGAGAAGGAGACAGACGAAGUUCUUCAUGAGCAAUUCUGGAAGACUCUAGGUUGGGAAGAUCCGUGCACGUCGAAGAUGGAGCUGGAACUCUUUGGCAAGUGUGCGUACAAGUGCGACGCUCCCGACCAUGAUGACAAACCGUCGCACUGCAUUCUUCCAGCGUGGCACAAACCGGAGCCCAAAUCUACAAGCUUCGACGGAUGCACGUACGUAAGUGGACACAAGUUCGAGUGCUCGCACAUUGCGAGUGGUGGCAAGAUGCACCACGUGUUUGUUCUGGACUGCUCUGGUUCAAUGCACGGAUGGCCUUGGGAUGAUCUCAUGGCUGCGUGGAAGGAAUACGUCUACAACCGUAUUGCGGACGGAGCUACACUGGACUUGAUCUCGGUUGUCACUUUUGAUAAUUACGCGCAAAUCGUGUACGAAGCCCAGAACAUCACGACGAUGACGAACGCGACGAUCCAGUAUCGCGGCGGGGGGACCAAUUACGCAGCAGGAUUACGUUCUGCUAACGAGGUGCUAUCACGAGUGAAUUUCGACGUGUAUAAGCCAGCUAUUGUGUUUUUCAGCGAUGGACACCCUUGCGACCCCCUUCAAGGUGAACAACUUGCUACACACAUCAGUGGAUGCUACGAGAGGAACGGGUUGCAGGCGUUUGCAGUGGGGUUUGGAAGCAUUAACCUGAAUGUGCUGGAGCGAGUUGCAGAGAAGCUGGGCGGAACAUACCACCACGUUCUGACGGGCAAUGAACUGAAGGCAACGUUUUUCAGCAUUUCGGCCUCGCUGAGCACUCGAGCGGGUCUGGCAUUGGCGAAACCGGACCAUGAGCGGAACUGCGUCAUUUGCGGACAAGACUUGGCUUCAGGCGAGACGGUGAAGCUGGACGGAUGCAGCCAUGAGCUGCACAAGGCCUGUUUGGAUGUGCUGGUGCGAAAUGCCGAGCAGGAUGGAGAACCCGCUCGUUGCCCUUCUUGCCGUCGCGAGAUCUCUACGUGAGACUGUUCGUCUCACUUUCACUUUCUUAUUCACGUU